UGUCAGAUGUCAAAACGUCAAAAGUCGAACUUGUUGAGGAUGUAAUUUCGAAUUUCGAUUUUUUGUUUAUUUUAAGUAUUAGAAAGUGAACAAGUAAUUGUAAGCAAAAUGACGAGCACGUCGUCCUACAACAAUGAUAAGGUGGUCCAGGGUGAAGUGGAGUAUCCGGUCAAUGAUCCCGCCUCAGGAGCAUUCUUCCAGCCUGAUUAUAAGAAGAAUGAUGACUUGAAGCUCAUGCUGGAUGGAUCAAAGGACUCCUUGAAACUGGAGGCAAUGAAAAGAAUUAUCGGCAUGAUUGCUAAAGGGAGAAAUGCCUCUGAUUUAUUUCCAGCUGUAGUAAAGAAUGUGGUAUCAAAAAACAUAGAGGUGAAGAAGCUGGUAUAUGUGUAUCUUGUUCGAUAUGCUGAGGAGCAACAGGACCUCGCUCUACUGUCUAUUAGCACAUUCCAAAGAGCACUGAAGGAUCCGAACCAACUGAUCCGCGCGAGCGCGCUGCGCGUGCUAUCGUCUAUCCGCGUGCCGAUGAUCGUGCCCAUUGUGAUGCUGGCCAUCCGGGACUCGGCCAGUGACAUGAGCCCGUAUGUCAGGAAGACGGCCGCGCACGCCAUUCCCAAGCUGUAUAGCUUAGAUCCAGAUCAAAAAGAAGAGUUAGUAGCGAUCAUAGACAAGUUGCUCUCUGACAAAGCGCCACUGGUGGUCGGGUCGGCAGCCAUGGCCUUCAAUGAAGUGUGCGGAGACCGCAUGAGCCUCAUUCAUAGGAGCUACAGGAAGCUGUGCUCGCUGCUGGCCGACGUGGACGAGUGGGGCCAGCUCACUCUGCUCAACGUGCUCACCGUGUACGCCAAGACCUGCUUCCCCGACCCCAACAAUGAUGGCUACUCCAGCGAGAGCGAGAAGGCGUUCUACGAGUCCGACAGCGACGGCAGCGACAAGCGCGCCAGCAGCUCGCCCAGCGUGGAGCCCGACCUGCGCCUGCUGCUGCGCGCCGCCAAGCCGCUGCUGCAGAGCAGGAACGCCGGCGUCGUCAUGGCGGUGGCGCAGCUGUUCUACCACUGCGGGCCCGCUCAAGAGUUGCCUCCUGUAGCCAAAGCACUGGUUCGCCUGCUGCGAGCUCCGAUCGAGGUGCAGAGUAUUGUGCUCAACUCCAUAGCCUCCAUCACUGUCACCAGACGGUCGCUCUUCGAACCGUUCCUAAAAUCGUUCUUCGUUCGAAACUCAGACCCUACGCAUAUAAAACUCCUGAAACUCGAGAUCCUCACAAACCUGGCGACGGAAGCCAGCGCUGCUGUGGUGCUGAGGGAGUACCAGACAUACGUCACAUCGAGCGACAAGGCUUUUGUGGCAGCCACUAUACAGGCCAUUGGCAGACUCGCUGUGGCCAUUCACACUGAAACCGAGACUUGCCUCAAUGGACUACUUCAUCUGUUGUCCAGCAAAGACGAGUGGGUGGUGUGCGAGGCGGUAGUGGUGGUGAAACGCGUGGUGGGCGGCGGCGCCAGCUCGGCGCAGGCGGCUGUCUCCCGCGCCGCCAAACUGCUUCGAACUGACAGGCUGGCAGGCAACGCGCGUGCGGCGGCUGUGUGGCUGGUAGCAGAGCAUGGGGCCAAGCACCCGCGCGCCGCCGCCAUAUUGGCGCACAUGGCUGCCAACUUUGCCGACCAGGACGAGCUAGUGAAGCUGCAACUGCUAUCGUUAGCCGUCAAGCUGUCCAUAACCCAGCCGGACACGGUCCCGCUGAGCAAGUACGUGCUCUCGCUGGCGCGGUACGACGCGAGCUACGACGUGCGCGACAGAGCACGCAUGCUCCGCCGGUUCAUUGACCCGCAGCAGAGCGGCUUGCUCAGUCAGUACGCCGCGCAGAUAUUCUGCCCGGACAAACCGAAACCAACUAUACAGAGCAAUUUCAAAGACCGCGACCAGUUUACUGUGGGGUCGCUCUCACAGUACAUAGGUUCGGCAGCGGUGGGGUUCCGUCCCCUGCCUCAGGCCCCGCGCGCGCCCGUCGGAGCAUCGCAGCGGGAGGCGGUCUCGGCCACGCUUGUCACACAAGUCACUGACGACACUCAGAAAAACAAGACAUUCUACUCUGAGCCAGACAGCGACGGCUCGGCGUCCUCCUCCUCCGGCUCGUCCUCCGCCUCCAGCAGCGAGGAGGACUCCUCGGACGAAGAGGAGGCGACCAACAAUACUCAGGAACGUAAGAAAGAAGACAAAUCAAAGGAAACCAACAACUACAAGUCAUCAAAUUCUGGGACGUCUGAUUCGGAGUCAGAUAGCGAAGCCUCCUCCAACUCGGAGAGUGAGUCGGAGAGUUCGGAUAGUAGCGGAGAGAACAAGGAUGCUAAGAAAGAGGCUCCAAAGGAAACUCCAAAGUCAGAAAUACAGGAGAAAAAGAACGAAAAGUCGAAUUUGGAGCUGCUCCUCGAACUGGACGAGGUGGCCAGCUCGUUGCCCACCAUGACGCCCACGUGUGGGGGCUUCCUGUCACCCCAGGCGACACAGCCGCCGGGACUCGGAGAUGGCGACGCAGUGACUCCCGUGGGCCCGUCCCUGGUGCCGAACGUGCAGCAGGAGCUGAUCUCGCGCGUGCUGAGCCGCGGGCUGGGCGCCAGCCGCCGCUGGUCGCGCGCGCCGCAUCUCUACUCCAACAAGAUGUGCGCCAUCGAGAUAACCUUCACCAACCACUCGCCCGACAUCAUUGAGAACAUUCGUGUCAAUAGAAAGACGCUAACCGGAGCUCGUGCUAUCCACGAGUUCGCUCCGAUCCCCCGGCUGGCCCCUGGCGCCAGCGCGGGCGGAACCCUGGGCGUCGACUUCGCUGACUCCAUACAACCCAUCGAGUUCACCGUCAUCAGCUCGCUGGGCGAAGUGUCGGUGUCGAUCACACCGCCGGUGGGCGAGCUGAUGCGCUCCGUCACCAUGUCGGAGGGUCGCUGGGACGCCGAGCAGAGGAAGCUGCGGGGCAUGACUGAAUGCAACAAACAAACUGCGAAGAUAGAAGACGAGUCGACGACUUGCAGGCGAGUGUUCGAGACUGCUAACGUUGCCUGCAUCACUUCCGCGGGAGACUUGCUUAGGUUCGCAGGCAGGAUGACCUCGUCCCAGGACCUGGUGCUGCUGUCGGUGCGAGUGGAGGAGCAGACCAGCACCGUGACCGCCAACUGCCCCAACAUGGCCGUCGCCUCGCUGCUGGCCAACCAGGUGGCGCAAGCUCUGGCCAGGGACUAGACCCACUGGCUCAGUGGCGUGCACUAGGUGUACGACUAAGGUAGACACCAGUGGCAUGGACGUUUUUUACUAGGGUAUGCACUCACUGGCGCUGUGGCGUGCACUAGGUGUACAACUAAGGUAGACACCAGUGGAAUGCAUAAGGUUUUUUACUAGGGCAUGCACUAUAAGUAAAGGAGAUGGUCCAUUUCAGGUCCACUCUUGUACCCCGUCACAUUAAAAUUUAAAAAAUACAAAGAUUUUGUUAACAUUUAAAUAAGUGAAUAAAUGUAACUAAAUAAAAAGAAAUAAAUAAAAUUAAAACCCAAGUUUUUGAGUUAUAUCAAGAUGGCGCCCUUAAAGCAACUAUGACAUGACAAUUGACAGCAAACGUCAAAACGACUACUGCAUUGAAAACGUCAUCUAUCUGCCAUUGUUACACACAUUAGUGUAGCAAUUCUUUAAUUCAAAAUAGUUGAAAAUUUCAUUUUCUUUCAUUUCCGCCACGGUACAAUGGCUCCAUACAAUUUUGGACCAUUUGGAAAAUUCCUUGUCCAAUACAGGUUUGUAUUGAGUCCUUGGGGUAGGCAAAGCAUUUUAGAGUCUAUGAUGUGCACGCCACGGGUUGUUCUUGUCAAAUUCCUAUUCCAUCCUAACACAGAAUUGGAGACUUGGCUGGGACAUAUUGGGGUUAAAUCAACCCUUGUGUCUCUGAAGUGACGUAAAAACUUUAGUCUGUAUUUAUCUCUCAUAAUAAUGAUCUUUGUUAUAAGAAUAUCAAUUCCAUUGUUUAUAUUUGUAAAAACUGAUAGCUGUUAUUGUACUAAAUAUAAUAUACUAUAAUAUAUGAAUAA